UCCACAGGUUGAUCACCUACAUCUUCAUCUACGAAGACCUGAUAUCACUGACCUGUGGUGCUGUUAUCAUCUGGUACUUUGCUGGCAGCUUUGAGAAGAACGUGGGCACAGCAAAGCACUGCUGCCUCACCACAGCCUUUGCUGUGCUCUCUGCCCUCCUCUACCUCUUACUGGAGCCCCUUGUCUCCACGGUGUGGGAGGUGGGAGAUGCCAAAGGAUUCAUGCCAGUAGCCUUUGCUACUCUGGGUGUAUCCACCACGCGCUCACGGAUGAGGAGGACUGUGGUGUUUGGGCUCAGAGUUCCCGUGGUGCUGGUGCCAUGGUUUUUGCUCUGCAUAGCUUGGUUUAUCCCCCACUCUUCCAUCUUGGUUAACCUGUGUGGGCUCCUGGUGGGGGAAGCCUAUGGACUUCGAUACUGUUUCUGCUUGGAUUUUCCAGAGUCGGUGAGCUCUAAGCUCGACCAGGUGUUCCCUUUCACUCUGCUAAAGAGGGUACCAGGGCUGAAAUAUAUCCCAGGGUCCUUGGCAGAGAGAAGAGCCUCUGAAAGCAGCAAGAUUAACCCUGUACCAGGCACUUAUCCCACCCAAAGCUACUACUGUCCUUCACCUCAGGCUCCUCCUGCUUCCCAGAUGCUGCAGCCCAAU